GCAGGAGAACCCUUAUUAUCCUGCCCACCCCAGUCCGUAUAGCACAAACAGUGCGCCCAGCAACUACUCAUCCUCAGAAACCCCAGAGCUCAUGGCCGCAGCGACCAUGAACCGGUCGGGAUUCCCGCCAAUAUCCUACCACACGCCUCAGUCAAACUCGCCCGCAUCUGUGCAAUCACCACAGCACGACCAGCAUGGACGGCCCAUCUACGGCCAGCCGCCCAGCCAGAUGCCUCAGUCCAUGUACUACACGCCUUACGCGUCGUCGGGAGUUCCACAGCAGUCGCCGUAUCCCCAGCACCCUUCGACACAGCAGCAGCAACACAAACGUGAACCCCAACGCUGCCCCUGGACCAAUUCCUGCAACUACACCGCUCGUGGUCCGUCAGGACCAGAACGGUGUGCAGUGGAUCGCGUUCGAGUACAGUCGCGACAGGGUGAAGAUGGAGUACACCAUUCGCUGUGAUGUCGAGUCGAUCAAUGUGGAUGAGCUGCCCCAGGACUUCAAGACCGAGAACUGUGUUUACCCCCGCGCGUGCUGCAACAAGGAGCAGUACAAGGGUAACCGGUUGCACUACGAGACUGAGUGCAACACCGUCGGCUGGGCGCUAGCGCAGCUGAACCCGUGCCUGCGCGGCAAGCGCGGGUUGAUCCAGCGAGCCGUCGACAGCUGGCGCAACAGCAACCAAGACCCGCGCCUCCGGAGUCGACGAGUGAGGAGGAUGGCCAAGAUGAACAACCGAAAGGCAGUUCAAGCACCGCAUGGCAACCACAUGGCAGGGCCAAAUGGGCCGGCUGCACCUGGAGUCCCCAACUCGGCCGGCAUGGCGGCUCCACCCCAGCAGCCGAGCAUGAGUAUGGGCGGACAGAUGCAUCACCAUCACGAGCACCCCGGAGGACCUCAAGGAGGAAGUAAUGACGUUAGCGAAGCGAACACCCACCAUCACCAAGCGCCAAACGGGCAGCAGUCACCCGAAGUCCGCGAGGCUCACAACUUCUAUCCCACUUACCCACCGAACGAAUCGGUAGCCAGCUCCGGUGGCCUUCCGCCCAUGCAUGACUCUAUGGGACAUCACCAUUCACGUUCAUCGCAUGGCUCUUCGGUCCCUGCUUCACAACAGGAACAAGACGAAGAGGAGCGCAAACUAGCCAUGUUUGGCGAUCUACCGGAAGCAAAACGCCGCAAAUUCAUCCUGGUUGACGAUGCGCAGCGGGGAACCCGCGUGCGUGUGCGCGUAACUCUGGACAGCGUCAAGAUGGAGGAGAUGCCCGACUCUUAUCGCAAGAUCAAUUCUGUAUUCCCCCGUAGCUAUUUCGCCAUGCAGAUGACGUCGCCACCCGCGAGCCCUCGUGGUAGCAAGGUCUUCAGCGACGAGCCUGACAACGAAAGCGACCCCAGCUUUCCGCUGGGCGGAAGGACUACGGUGCCAGUCCCGACACUAGACGGCGAGACGACUGUGCCGAAGCCUCGAUUGACGCGGGCGAAGCGAUCGAAGGAGAUCACACUCAAUGACCUUGGCUACCGCAUGAGCUGGAGCCAGAGCCGUGUGUUCGCGGGGCGCACUCUGUUCCUACAGAAAUCUCUGGACGCCUAUCGCAACAAGAUGCGAAGCAGCAUGAUGGGGCACGGGCAAGAUGUCACGACCGUGGCACCACACUUCGAAACCCGUGUAGGCAAGCGGCGGUGGAACGAGAGAAUCGAGAAGAACAAGAAGAGAGGGCGUGAGUCCUCGCCUUAAGAGCGCGGGCGGUCGACAGUGCCCUGGUCGCCAUCUGCAACCAUUACCCGCUUUUCCCGGGGAGCUUGCAAGGACCCCUUACAAGCCUGCCGGGGCAUUGCCUCUUUCGGCCACGGCAAGUGAUUGCGUGCAGCGGCCAUCCUGAUCGUUUUCUUGAGCACGCGUUUCACACCCCGACUGCCGUGGCGUGACGGCGGGUCCUUACUCCCGUUGGUUGUCGCUACCGAUACUCGUCGUCGGCAUCUAUCAAGCACACUCUCACCACCACCCAUCCACAUUCACGCAACCCAAAAACCAAAGCUACGGGCACGCUUCCGGCAUAUGAUACCCUGUCUGUCCUGCAAGUAAUGUCCCCUUAUAUCUACAUAUUCGUCUUCUGUUCUAUAUCCCCUGU